AUGAAAUUCAUCUUCGCCACCCUCAUUGCCGUUUCGAGCCUGUUGGCUUGCACCAGCAACGCCACGGCCAUUCCAGCAGACCAAGCCAGUGUUCAGACAUCCGCCGAUGGCAUGACUAUCGUGGAGUUAGAGGUGACCGAUGACCGGUUCCCCGGUAUCACCUUCAAGGGCACAGCGAAAUCCAUCCACGAGCAGAUCCAGGCGAUCAAUCCUGGGGCUUCCUCCGACGUGAACGUAGAGAACGUCGUCGAAAAGCUCGGUAUUGAGAAGCCAUCAACUGUAAGCCUCUUUUACCCUUCUCUCGCUAACAACGCAUUCUGA